UCCUUCACUUCCUUGUCACUGUCACAGUCACACUUCAGCUGGCGUGGUUCCGUGAGACUACUUCUCCCUGUGAGUGUGCGAUACCUUGUACUAGUAGACACAGGAGUCCUUGGAGUCAUGACUGUUGAUUUGAACGUCCCACAGGAAGGGAUUAACAUACCCACCAGUGAUGAUUUGGUAAUGAAAGACUCAUCUUUAAUGGGUCAGCUACCACUCACUGCUAUAUUCACUAGCUUCUUCUUCUGGGCCAACCUGUACUUCUAUGUGUGUGUGUUCAAUAGGACCUGCUCUCCAGAGUGGAACUGCAGAAUCGUCACUGCACUCCACGGGACUGUGGCAUCGAUUCUUAGCUUUGGGAGCUGUUUCGUAUUUGGCCCGUGGCCAUUUACUUACAUUGCUCAACCAAACACUCAACUCCACACAGCCAUCAUAACGAUUAGCAUUGGAUAUUUUAUAUUUGAUUUUAUUUGGUGUCUCUGGUAUCAGACUGAAGGUAUUGUGAUGCUGGCGCAUCAUGUCGUAUCGCUCGUUGGUUUCACUUAUAGUCUUUAUACCGGGUCUUAUGGCUCCGAGCUGACUGCAGUUCUGGGAGGGAGCGAAGUCACAAAUCCAUUCCUACAGACCCGAUGGUUCCUGAAAGAGAUGCAAUUAUACAAGGGUCGAACGGCAUUUAUCAUUGAUACUUUGUUUUUUGUCACUUAUCUCUGCUUUAGACUGGGUCUUGGUACUGCCCUUCACUAUACUAUACAGACGUAUCCAAAACUAGAUCUCGUUCCUACACUGGGAGGAAACGCUUUUUACAUCAUCAGUGUAGUGUUUGGUGUCCAGAUCACACUGUUUUAUGUGAAGAAGUAUAUUCUGAAGACGAAAAGAAUACCACCACCAUAGAACACUAGUGACUAGCUAAACUUAAGGAUUUUAUAAUUUACACAUAUUUUGUUUAUUUUUAAUAAGAUUUUAUUUCAUAAGAGAGGGAAAAUUGCAUUUUAGCAGUA